CUUAAAAUGGGCGACCUCAACAGGUGUGUCCAUGAUAGGGUAAAAAAUGUUACAAGUGAAGUGAACCAGUUAAGCUUUGAAGUUGAAAGCAACUGUAGCGUAUAUACACGCGCGAGAGGAAACACGUUGUGGAAUUUGGUCCGUGCAUACAACGAGGGACAGAGGGACGAACACGAGUUUGUAAGGAUCAAUUCACCUAUGUCUGGCGAGGUUUCUUCGUCGUCCGCUUUUAUGGAUGGCCUCGACGACGUGGAGGACUACGUUCGGGCAAAUGAAGGAGGGGGACCAGUGCAACGGGAUAUUUUUAAUCAUAUUUUUGACCUUGUACGGAAUGGAAACAAAGCAUUUCGAGACAACCGUUUUGAAGAGGCAAUCAAGUGUUACUCAAAAGCCAAUAACAUUAAACCAGGUGAUCCUAUUAUCCUUGGGAACCGAAGUGCUGCUUAUAUCAGGAUUAGCCAAUUCCUGAAACACCGAUCACCAUCAGAUUCCGAAUAUAGACCAUUGAAUGGGCUGGAUCCUACAAUACAUGCUGAGCUUGCUUUGAAGGAUGCUGAAAAGCUGAAUAAUCUCCGAAGUAAUUCAGUAAAGUCAUACAUUCUAAAGGCCAAUGCACUGAUAUUGCUGGAGAAGUAUGAGACUGCCCGGGAUGUUAUUCUUUCAGGUCUUCAGGUUGAUCCUUUUAGCAAUUCUCUUCGUGCUUCUCUUCAGAAUUUGGAGAGGAUAUCAAGAAGUUUUCUUGGGAGGAGAAAUUAUGUGACACCAGAACGGACUGAUGAAUUUGAUUGCACGCUUUGUCUGAAGUUACUAUAUGAACCUAUUACGACUCCGUGUGGGCAUUCUUUUUGCCGUUCAUGUCUGUUUCAGUCCAUGGAUCGUCGUAACAAAUGCCCAUUGUGCCGAACUGUUCUUUUUGUCAGUCCCAGAACAAGUGCGAUCAGUGUGACACUUAACAACAUCAUACAAAAGAACUUCCCAGAGGAAUAUGCUGAAAGGAAGUUGGAGCAUGACAGUUUGACAAACCUUGGUGUUGAUUUGAUGCCUCUUUUUGUCAUGGAUGUCGUCAUUCCAGGUCAAAAGUUCCCACUCCACAUUUUUGAACCCCGGUACCGGCUUAUGACAUCAGGUGAGGAGAAUAAUGGAGGGAAACCAUCGGAUGGGAAUGGUAGAAUAUUGUCACUGGUUAUCAUUGAUUCUACAACAGGUUCCAUAGCUGAUUUUGCUUGUGAAGUAGAGAUUACUGAAUUCGAGCCACUUCCGGAUGGACGAUUCUAUCUAGAGGUUGAAAGUCGACGGAGAUUUCGCAUAAUCCGAUCUUGGGAUCAAGAUGGUUAUCGUGUUGCAAAGGUUGAAUGGGUGCAGGAUAUCUAUCCAGCUGAAGGAACAAGAGAAAGAGAAGAGUUGCAGGAAGUAACAAAUAAUGCAGCAGGGUUUGCUCAAUCAUGGAUAAGGAGUGCAAUUAAUGCAGCACGGCAAGAUCCAGGAAGACUUGAAAGACUCCGUAAUGUAGAAGCCAUGAUGCCUGCACCACAAGAUCCAGAGCACUUCAGUUUCUGGCUUGCCACCCUGGCAAACCGGAGGCCUCAAGAAAGAUUAGAACUCCUGCGCAUAAGAGAUACAAGAGAGGUAUGGAAUCUUUUUUUACCUGCUGAAAAGUUCAAUAGCAGAUAGUGCCAGACUGCCAGGUCUGACAGAUUUGAAUGUAUACAAUGAGAUGCUGUUAAUCAUUUCAAACGUGCUCUGUUCUAUAAAUUCCCAUUUGAGAUAGCCCCAAUGCCUAUACCAUGUAUUCCUUGACUCAUAUAAUCUUGUAACUUUGGGUGGGAAGGUCCCCGGGAGAAAUAUGCCUUGCUGCAUGGCCUACAUAAAAAGAUUUUCCUAAUGGUAGUUAGCCCAGUGGUGAGGGUGUAACAACUCCUUAAAAAGUGAAACUCUAGGAUUUAGAACCAUACACUUGCUAACAACUUGAUAGAUAAUUGUCAAUGGAAAACCAAUAUAUGGUUAAUGUGCACAAACAGCGUGGGUUUGAUUGUGGAGAGCAUGCUUGUUUUUGCUUUUUACCUUCCUAAUUGCUACAAGGAGCUUGUCCUUGUGACCCAGAAAAAGAAACAGAAAUUGAAAGGUCAUCGCAACCCGGAAUGUUACUUUUAAUGUUCAUCUC